UGUUCAACGUGGCCCGGCGGCCCAGCUUUUAUUGUUUUUUAUAACGAUACAUUAAGUGUUCAAGGUGGCCCAGUAGCCCAACUUUUAUUCACCUACGUAGGAAUUUUAUUCAAUAUUGGAGUCAUGGAAGUAAAUGAAUUUUUGUUAAACGAAGUACCAAAAGGAAUAACAAUGAGAAAAGUAGGGCUAUUUACUUGUACAAAGUAUCACGUCCGUACCAAAUGUUUUAUUAUAAAUCUUUGGCCCACAAAACAAUAUCGGAAAUUAAUGUCGAUUUCUAUAAAACAAACAAUAAUUGAACCAUGGUUAAGAUAUCAAUUGGCUAUUUUUAACCUCAGGUUUAAGACUUUUUCGAGUUCUUUCUAUUCUGCAGCAUAUACGUUAAAAAUAACGAACUGA